GUUUACCAAAGUGGCGAAAGGUCUCUUGUGUUGUGCUUUCAUCUUUCAAGUCGGCAUAACAAAGUUAUUGUUGUAGAAGGCUUGGAUCACAAACUCUCAAAUUCCCGUAAGGCAGGGCAAUGGUGGCAUUUCAUGGCUAAGUAUGAGUCGGUUUGAUCUGGCGCAAGUUGCAGGCAUUUGAAAAUCAGAAAGUGAAGUUGAUAGAUGGAAAUUAAGUCAACAGAGACUGAAAUUCAAAAGGCAGAAAGUUCAACAAUUGAAAUUCAAGAACAAUGUAUAGACGUGGUAAAUGGAAUUCAAAAAAAGACUGAAAAAUUGGAGUCUCCUUUAUCAUCUGAUCAGUGUUGCAUCUACAGGGUUCCAGAUUAUCUUCGCAAAUCGAAGGAAGAGCACUACACUCCUCAGGUUAUUUCAAUCGGGCCCUUCCACCAUGAUGCCUAUAAUGUCAAAUUGAAAACCAUGGAACAACGCAAAUUGAGAUACCUCAAGUAUUUCACUCGACGUGUUGAAGGCCUUCAAAUAAGCUUGGAGAAGUUAGUCAGUACUAUAAAGGAGUAUGAAGAAAGCAUUCGACGUUGUUAUGCUGAGACCAUCCAACUUAAGAGUGGUCCUUUUGUAGACAUUAUUCUUGUGGAUGCCAUUUUCAUUCUUGAGUUGUUCUGGAGAUACCAUUUCAAUGACUGGGCAAGUGAGGACAAUGGUGCAUCCUUAGAACCAUGGUUAACAACUGCUAUAAGGUUUGACUUAAUUUUACUUGAAAAUCAACUUCCAUUCUUUAUUUUGGAGAAAUUAUUUGACCUAGCAUUUGCCUCUCAUAAAGACUACGAUAAGUCCUUACUUACAGUCAUGGCCUACGAUUACUUUCACUUUUACAACACUCAAUGCAUAUCUUCUAGUCCCCAUUUGAAAAUGAAACACUUCCUUGAUUUGCUUAGAACAUUUUGGCUACCUCUCGAAAGGUUACCAAAAAGAGACAAUCAUGAUGAUGAGGUAGUUAAACAUGUGUACUCUGCAACCCAAUUGCAUGAUGCAGGAUUGAAGUUUAGGAAGGGUUUAAGCAAUUGCUUAUUUGACAUAAACUUCAAAAAGGGAGUGUUGAAAAUGCCACCUAUAACAUUAGACAAUUCCAGCGAGACUCUUUAUCGAAACCUUUUGGCUUUGGAGCAAUGUCACUAUUCAGAUAAAGCAUACAUUACCGACUAUUUUAUCCUAUUGGGUUUCCUUAUUACCACUGACAACGAUGUGAAGUUACUUGUUCGAAAGGGGGUCAUGGAAAAUUUGCUAGGCAACGACGAUGAAGCUAGAGAUUUGGUGAAGAAACUUUGCACAAAUAUCGUGUAUGUCAACUUGAACUCCGAUUAUCAUGUUUUCUGCCAAGAGUUGAAGGCGUUCUAUAAGAAACCUUGGAAUAGGUGGCAGGCAACUUUGAGACGUGAUUAUCUUAGUACUCCUUGGAGAAUUGUUUCUACAAUUGCUGCUGUCAUCUUUUUGCUGCUCACCUUUUUACAAACUAUAUAUACAAUGUUCCCAAUAAAGGGUUCGAAUCGUGUGUGUUGA